UCAAUUAUAAUGGAUGGCAGUCUCUGAUAAGAGUACACAAAUAUGUGGCUCGUUUUUUUAGUUCAUCUAUAUAUGCUACUAGCUCCUUCCAAUUCCCACAAGCUUUUACAUCGUUUUGAAGUUAAUUGAGGCUUUGGGCUUGCCAUGGCUCUCCAAUUCUAUACCAACCCUCCACUCAUAGAAUAUAUUAAUCGAUUGUCUUGUUUCGGCGAAAUAGGUGGAAGGUUAUUAUUAUUAACGAAAAAAGACUGGGUGUAUGAAGCUUCCGUAGUCGGCAGUGAAUUUGUCAAUUGUCAUGAUGAAUAAAGACGCAUACCAACCCAUAUUAAUUGUGGGUCCCUUAAUCAAUAAGCUGAGCUACCAAUUCCCACAAGCAUUUACAUCAAGUUUUCUUCACAAUCCGUGUCCAUCCUCAUAAUGGCACGGUCCCAAUCAGUGAAAAUACUAGAGGUUUGUCGAGUAGCUCCACCACCAGACGUACCAAACUUGGCCUCCCCAACCUCUCUCCCUCUCACCUUCUUCGAUUUACACUGGUUAAGAUUUCCACCGGUGGAGCGUCUUUUCUUUUACGAAUUCUCUUCGUCUAACACACCCUUGUUCGAUUCCAUUAUUCCAAAGCUCAAGCACUCCCUUUCUCUCACCCUCCAACACUAUCUCCCUCUAGCGGGAAACCUUGUUUGGCCACAAGACUCUCACAAACCUUUCAUCAAAUAUCUUGACGGCGACGGAGUUUCGCUUACAAUAGCCGAAUCUAACUUGGAUUUUUAUCAUCUCUCUAGCAACGAAUUUCGCGAAGUCACAGAAUGCCAUCCUCUUAUUCCCCACUUGGAAGUGUCCCACGAAAAAGCAGCUGUGGUGGCACUGCAGAUUACUCUGUUUCCAAACUCUGGCUUUUGCAUUGGAAUCACUUCCCACCAUGCAGUUAUGGACGGUAAAACCUCCACUUCGUUUAUGAAGUCAUGGGCUUAUAUAUGCAAUAAAAAUGCCGGAUCUCCAGAUACGGCGCCGUCAUCGUCGCCGUUGCCACCGGAGCUUAUACCAUUUUAUGACAGGACAGUUAUUAAAGACCCUGCAGAACUCGAAGUGAUUCACUUGAACGAGUUGCUAAAGCAAGACGGACCCAAUAACAGAAGCCUAACGUUAAGGGAAGCUCAAGUUAAACCAGGUUUAGUCCGAGCCACUUUCGAAUUGAGGCGAGAGGAAAUAGAAAAGUUGAGAAACUUUGUGUCGGCCAAUCAGAACGCAUCGAAACAUCCAGUUCGUAUAUCAACGUUUUCACUGGUAUGCGGCUACACAAUAGUGUGUCUACAGAGAGCUAUAGAGACGAGAGGAGAGAGUAGCAUCCUUCUAUUCAGCGUGGACGCAAGGUCUCGGCUCAAACCCACAAUCCCUUUAACGUAUUUUGGAAACUGCAUAACAGGCUGCCCAGUAGUUGCAGAGACAGAAAAGGUAAUAAGGGAAAAAUACGGGGUAUGCUAUGCGGUAGAGGCAAUCAGCGAAUCUAUAAGAGGUCUUGAAAAUGGAGUCCUGAAUGCUGCGGUUCCACCACCUAGACCUACAAACGAUGCUAAGAAGAGUGAAAGGAAAGAGAGGAUGCUGACCGUGGCAGGCUCACCUCGGUUUGAGGUUUACAGUAUAGAUUUUGGGUUCGGACGGCCAACGAAGGUGGAGGUUACUUCUAUUGAUAAAACAGGAGCCAUGUCUCUUUCCGAGAGCAGAGAUGGGAAUGGAGGUGUUGAGAUUGGUUUGGUUUUAAACAUGCAAGAAAUGAAAUCUUUUGCUUCUUUGUUUGCUAAAGUUCUUGAAGAAGAAGUCCCUUUGAAGUGAUACGAUUCUGGUUGAUAUUUGGGUUUGGUAACAAAUUUUGAUUUACACUUGGUUUGUGAGUUGUUUCUUUCUAAUUUCCUUACCUUUUUUUUUUUUUUUUUUUUUUGGGGGGGGGGGGGGGGGGGGGGUUAGCUUUUGGUUUGUUUUCUCUCUUCUUCUUUUUAAAUAAUCAUACGGAUUAUUAGUUGGUGUAUGUAAAGGCAAUUGAUUAUUGAUAUACCAAAUAGAUUCAUAAUGUAA